UCCGCGGCGGCCGCCGCUUCCCCCUCGCUGCCCCGGGGUUGUCCCGCGCGGGGCCCGGGUCCGGCAGCGCGUUCCUCCCAGGCGCCCCCAAGCAACCGGGUUCGAGACGCCCGCAGUCGGCGCAGUCCCCUCCCGGGCCGGAGCAUGAAGGUCGAGUUUGCGCCGCUCAACAUCCCGCUGGCGCGGCGGCUGCAGACGGCCGCGGUGCUGCAGUGGGUCCUGUCCUUCCUGCUGCUCGCACAGGUGUGCAUUGGAAUCAUCGUGAUACUGAUCAUAUACAACUUUUGGUUCCUCUAUGUCCCUUAUAUGACAUGGCUUUACUUUGACUGGAGUACCCCAGAGCAAGGAGGCAGGAGAUCCAACUGGGUCAGAAGCUGGACCGUUUGGAAGUAUUUUAAGGACUAUUUUCCAAUUCACCUCAUCAAAACUUGGGACUUGGAUCCAAGUCACAACUAUAUAUUUGGGUUUCACCCCCAUGGAGUGCUUGUUGCUGGAGCCUUUGGAAAUUUUUGUACAAAUUAUUCGGACUUCGAGGAGCUGUUUCCUGGCUUCACUGCAUAUCUUCAUGUGCUCCCAUUUUGGUUCUGCUGUCCUCUCUUUCGAGAAUAUCUGAUGAGCAGUGGGUCAGUCUCAGUUUCUAAGAAAAGUGUGUCCCAUGUGCUGAGCAAGGAGGAAGGUGGAAACAUUUCAAUCAUUGUUCUUGGGGGUGCAGAGGAAUCACUGGAUGCCCAUCCUGGAAAAUGUACUCUGUUCAUCCGCCAACGGAAAGGAUUUGUUAAAAUUGCUUUGACCCAUGGCGCCUCCUUGGUCCCGGUGUUUUCUUUUGGAGAAAAUGAGCUAUUUAAACAAGUUAACAACCCUGAAGGCUCAUGGCUUCGAAUUGUGCAAGAGAAGCUACAGAAGAUCAUGGGGUUUGCUUUGCCGCUGUUCCAUGCCAGAGGAAUUUUUCAAUACAAUUUUGGCCUGAUGCCCUAUAGGAAACCUAUCCACACUGUUGUUGGUCGCCCAAUCCCUGUUCGUCAGACUCUGCACCCAAGCCCGGAGCAGAUUGAGGAGUUGCAUCAGACCUAUAUGGAAGAGCUAAGGAAACUGUUUGAGGCACACAAAAGGAAGUACGGUAUUCCUGAGCACGAGACUCUCAUUUUUAAGUAACUGUACUCUGAGAAGGCAUUUGAGAGGAUGAGAGAACAUCCCAUUGGAGGAUACAUAUUUUAAAUAAGGACUUUUUUCUUUGACUCUGGAAUCAAAGUGGCAACUGAAAAGUAUUACUUGCGACAGAUGUUGAUGUGUAUCCGUGGGAAAUAAAAAUACAGUGGGUGACUGUAGAAGAAAGUUGGAGAUGACUAUAACCCUUCUAAUAAUCCUCCUCAUUUGGGAAGGUGCAAGCAUUUCUUGGGGUAAGAAAAGGUUUAGGAUUAUUUGUGUGCUCAAAAAAAAAAAAAAAAUGACAGUUUCCAAAAAUAAUUAGACCCUUUUACCAAAAUCACAAGAAUUUAAGGCGGUGUCUUCACUAAAUAUGACAGUUCUUAUUUAGCACAGCUGGAACAGUUAGGAGACGGUGUGUAAACUAAUUUUCCAUACCGAGCCAGAGGAGAUCAUUUCUUUCUUUCUUUCUUUCUUUCUUUCUUUUUUUCUGCUUGAACAGACCAUUUUUUGGUGAAUAAUGUUACUUUUCAGAGUUAGAUAAUUUGAUCCUUUAGGUCACAUCAACCAAUGCAUUUUUAUACAAUAGUGCAGAAUUUUUAUGCAGGUUUUGAAAUAGGAUGAAUCUACCAUCUGGAAGCCCAUGUGGAGGAGAGCAUGUCUCCUCAUUUCUAUUCAUGCUUAGAAAUAUUCAUGCUUGUCAUUUGCUCAGAAGUAUGUUCAUUUGCUAUAUAGACAAGGAGGUCUUUUGGGAGACAUGCUUUAGAACAUUAAAAUUCCUAAAGGUUUUCAUGGUAAUAGAAAUGGUUUUAAUUUUCUUCCCAAAUGGCCUCUUUGAGUAAGACCAGCUAUGAGAGGAAGUGCACUCUCUGGUUGUGAGGUGCCCAGUUACAGCUGUCUGGUCCACGAGAGUGGGAACCCUGUUCCUCCUGUGCAUUGACCUCUCCCCAGUGCCUGGGUCGGGCACAAGAUAAGUACUUGUUUAGUGAAUGUAUUUAUAGAUGAACCCACAAACCACCUUUGCCUUAAGGUGAAGAAUUUUUAUGAACCUAUUCUAAGAAAAGACCCUCUUUCAGAAGGAGAGAAUGUGCUGGGUCUGUUUGUCUCAGGACAGUAAUCGACAAGACUUACUUGUCAAUUACCAUAAGGAAGAAGAAUGUGUAGUCUCCAGAUGAUGUCCAUUGCUGCUUGUUGCUUCUCUCUCUCCUCCACUCUAGGUAUUUGGGGGCACCUUCCCUGAGUUGUCCUAACUUACUAGUAAUAUAUCUUCAGGCCCCUGAUUUUUAAAAGACCAAGCCCUGGGCUAGAGCCUGGACUGAGUUCAGCAUCAGCCAGACAAAACCGUGCUGGGGAAUGCCUUGAGUAGGAGAGCAUUUCACACAGGAAAAAGUGAACCUCCAUGCUUCCAUUUGAGGUUGUUUUGGCCAGCAUCACUUUGGCUUCACGCUGGUUGAGCAAUCCAGGAGUCCACUGACCCAUGGCCUUGAAAUUAGAUCAAUUUUGUAAUCGAAGCAGGGAAUAGGGCACAACCUAUUUUUCAUAGAUGCAGAAAAUUUGACUAUAAAUCCUUUUUUGGUAUUACUCAACCCCAGCCAGGCAUCAGGGAGCACCAUUUACGGAAAAUGACGCACCCCCCACUGGUCAGGGGUCAGUCUUCAGAAUAGAGCUGUGAAGGCCACGUAACCACAACAAUAAAGACCUUUAAGUUAUUAUAAAACCCAUGAAUUUCAUUCCUUUAGAGAAGCUUAUUAAGCACUCACAGCACAUAGUCUCUUGUGAUUUCAUGAAGGUAUGAUUUUUAAUCUUGUACUUGGUGGUGGGGGCCAAGCUGACCCCCCCAACAUCAGCUGGGUCAUCUAGGAAGCAGUUAAAGUCCACAUGUAGUAAAACAGAGGUGCUGAAAAAUGAGAAAAGUUUUGCUCUGAUGAAUUUAUCUCAAAAUUUUGCCGUUUCAGAAAUCCAGACAUCAGCAACUUUAAUUUUGGCAUCUGUAAAAAUCUUAUUUUUAGGUACAAAUUAGGGAUUUUAUCUCUUUUUCUUUCUCUGGGUCUCCAGAGAUCUUAAUCCAGCCAGAAGUCCCUUAAUAAAAGUCCUACAGAUUGCAGAUGAAUUUUUGCUACAGCACAAGUGGGAGCCAUGUAUUGUAUUCACUAAUAUAGUGUGACAGAAGUCGCCUCUGUUUUAAAGAUUCUCAUCUACUCUGCAAUUGCACAUAAAAUUUAAACAGCAAAGCAAAACAAUAACAGCAAGAAAAAUAACCCCAGGACACAGUAAGAGAAACUGCGCUAAUUGCCUUGAGAAAAUGUGCACUUACAAUUUAAUUUGGACAUUUCUGUCUCCUGUUUCUCUUGAAUACUGGGCACAGGCUGAGUCAUUUCCUUUGUCUCACAGCUAGAAGGAUUGAAAUUAUUAUCCAUAUCCAGCUAAGUCGAUUAUGCUCACAUUGAAGGUUGCAGCUUUGGUCCUUAGGAAGGCCAGACAGUUUUGCUGUGUCCCAAGGGGAACCAGGGCAAGAGAUGCUGCAUGAUUUAUGAAAACCCUUCACUGGGACUAGGGAGACAAUCAAAGUACAUAUACUUCAGGGACGAUGAGUAAGCCUUUAUUGUGUGCAUAGCAUUAAAAGUACAAUCCCUACCUUCAGGAGAAGGUACGCUUCUGUCCUGGGAAGCACAGAAGGUAGAAUCGAGAUGCAAUGUCCACGCUUCUGUAACUUGGCAAUUCUUCCAAACCACCGCACCCACAAUGCAAAUCACCAAGGUUUGUGACAAAUAGGAAAACGCAUUUUGGGUGCAUUUACUCUGUCUUCUUUUCCUUGGACAAGAGACAAUGUGGAUGGGAUUUUUUGAUUGGUGGUGGUGGUGGUUUUUUUUUCCCCCCCAAUAGCCAAGAUGGCCAGUCCUCAUACUGUAUUUGUCUUUUUUAAACUAAGUGAUAGAAUGCCUAUCUCUGGGGCUGGGAGAGUUGCUUUCAAAUAGAAUUUGUAUAUCUUUUCAAAGGAAAAAAGAAACAAGGCGACUUCCAUAUAACCACCUAGUUGUGCCAGUUUCUCUAGGAUGGCAAGUACAGAAGCAGCUUUUUAUAUUUAAAACCAAGGAAUUUGUCAAAUACCUUAUAUAUCAGUUAUUUGACUCAAUCCUUCCCAAACACAGCCUCGUGCCUUAAUAUCUUAUGUGGGAAGGCGAAGGUCUAACUCCAUCCAUUGUUUGCUCAUGGGAUGAUGGGUUCUGAGGUAGUAGAAUCUGCAUCUUGUGUGCCUUUUGUGUGCCUUUGAUCCUGCCCCCCCUCCCCCCACGGAGCGUGGGCCUUCAGCGCCCUCUGGGGGGUGGGAGGGUGAACGCUUUUAUGGCGCUAACCUGGAAGUUUGAUGGACUGUGUCAAUAGAAGCCAAGUUCGAGAGCUAGAACGGGCUUUGUGUCUGGCGUCAGUCCUUCUGCAGAUGAAGCAGUUGAACCCCAGCGGCUUAAUGUGGAUUGGCACCCACUCCACGUUCGUAUUCCUCUGCCCUGAGGGAACAGGAGGAGCUACAGCUCUUCCAUAAUUGUGGAUUAAUCAACCUGUGAACCCUCCUAUAAAACUCAAGUGUCCAAACACAGAGCAUGAUUAAAAAUACUCCUGAAAUGCAAGAGAUUUAACAACUCUGAAGAGAGCUCUGUCUUCUUGGGACCUAGAACAUUUUUCUUUUUUGAGACCGGUACACCGCAUUGUUGAUUUUUUCCUUCUGCAAGAGCUAUUUCGGUGAUGUGCACUGGGGGACGUCCAAGUUUUUCAACAACAAGCUAAUCCACUAGAGCCUUACUUAUUGAGCAGCAGGAUAAGGCAAAGUGCUUUAUGCCCAGGGUGAGUGAAGGAUCUCCCCUCUCAGUCACGUUGUGACCAUUAAUACAGGUCCAGGCAGUCCCGUUACUCAGAGGUGGAAGCAAAUCUGUCACCGUACUGACAGCCCUAAGCCCGUUCUGGCUCUUGCUUCAUCCAGCUGGGUUGUUACAGCUGCUUUUUUUUUUUUUUUUUUUUUUUUAACAGCUCUUAGAUUCUGGUUAAGAAUUAUCUUAGGCUCUCUUGAGAAUAAAGAUAAAUCUGACCUUCUUGUAUUCCCAAGGGCUGUGUAAUUCUCCCCUGCUCCGUUUCCAGACCCACUUGGAGCCCUCGGUCUUUCUGGUUGGUUUCCAACUGUCCCAUGUGGGGUACAGUCAUGCAGAGACAACCAGAAAACACAGCUGUGCUAUUCUUUUCUACCUUCCAGGGGCUUCUGUUUCAAAUAAUCCUUUAGCCUCUGGUCCUCCACUAACUGGCUGGGUGCCCUGGGCUCUUUCCUUCCUCUUAGGAGUGAAUGAUCUCUAUAAGGUCCCCUCUGGCUCUCUCUCUAUGGUCUCUGCCUGGCCCUUGUUCUCUCAUGGUAAUGACAUUUAGUGGGAGAUGGAGCUUUAUCUGCAGACUUCUUUUUCCUCUGCCAUCCUCCCUUGUCUUCCUCUGGAUAUGCGGAGUGUUCAAAUGACUGUCUCCCUUUCUUAGUAUAUGGAAAACAUAAAUUGCUACAGAGGUUUCUCCAGGAGCCCAGUGACCUUUAGGCAUGGUGUUCCUAAGAAACAGUUUCAUUCUCUAAACAAAAACUGGCGACAUUUAUUGAAGAGGUUUCCUUCUUUUUUUUUUUUAUUGUGUUAUGUUAAUCACCAUACAUUACAUCAUUAGUUUUUGAUGUAGGGUUCCAUGACUCAUUAUUUGCACAUAACACCCAGUGCUCCAUGCAUAAUGUGCCCUCUUUAAUACCCAUCACCAGGGGUUUCCUUCUUUAUAUGGCUCAAAACUGUGAAAUAACAAUUUAUUUCUUGUUAAAAUCUUUAUAGGAGAUGGCGAAUUUUUGUAUUUUCUGUAUUGGACGUGUUGCUGUGUGCUUUUUAAAUGCUCUUGGUUUAUAAAGUUUUGACCAAUAAAUGUGUUUU